AGCCGAUUGUCCUAUUUGCGUCGACUGGGGGUGCCUAAGAUGAAUGAUGAUUGAGCUUCCGCAUCAACCUUCUUGAGGGUAUCAGGCAACACAAAUCGGUCGCUAGGCUGCGUAGUGUCGUCAUCACUCAAGGUUCAGCUGCUUCGUGUAGGAGAAGUAUCCAUUGGACCUGCUUCAGGAUUGCAGGAACGCGCAGUGCAGCGGCCCAUCCAAACGCCCGGGCCCGAACAAGUUUACUAACUCCGGUUGUGCUCUAUGGAAAUGCGUCUUAUGACUUGUGGCGCCUUCCAGUUCUAUUGUCGCCUUUGUGAAUAAGCGAACCGUCGUUGAUUCCUACAGUUCUCCAUUUGCAUGACAUUGUCCCACAGUAGUCGAACUGGUGCCCGUCGACUCUCAUUCCACUGAUCAGGCCUGCCCGCUGGCCACGAAAGAACGCAAAAGCCAUGGAGUAUACCGGUGGAGCCCUUCAGGCAGACCAUUUAUGUGUACUCGUACACGGGCUAUGGGGCAAUCCCAAUCAUAUGAAGAACGUUGCGAAAGCCUUGCGAGACGAGUACCCGGCCGAUAAGGUAUACAUAUUGGUUGCGAAGCGAAACACUGGUAGCUUUACCUACGAUGGCGUCGAGCGAGGUGGCGAGCGCGUAUGCGUCGAGAUUGAAGAGGAACUCGAGAUGAUCAAGAGCAAGGGCGGCAAAAUUACAAAACUCAGUAUUGUAGGAUACUCGCUGGGCGGACUUGUCGCGCGCUAUGCCGUGGGACUAUUGGGUGCGAAGGGUGUACUGGACCAGGUUCAGCCAAUGAACUUCACAACCUUCGCAACGCCGCAUCUCGGAGUUCGAACGCCGUUGCGCGGAUGGCACAACCAAGUUUGGAACGUACUUGGCGCCAGGACUUUGUCCAUGUCGGGGAAACAAUUGUUCACCAUCGAUGAUUUCAGAGACACAGGCAAGCCGCUGCUUGCAGUCAUGGCUGAUCCAAACUCGAUUUUCAUGUUGUCCCUCGCAAAGUUCAAGCGCAGAACUCUUUACACCAACAUCGUCAAUGACAGGAGCGUCGUCUAUUUCACAGCAGGAAUUACCAAAUCCGACCCGUACACAGAUAUGGACAAAGUCAAGGCAAACUUCGUGGAGGGUUAUGAGGACGUCAUUCUGGACCCAUUGAAUCCCGUCUCGCCCCGAAUCCAAAAGACUGAACCGAUGAGCUUCGCCUCAGUAAAGGGUACCACAUGGAGAUACGUGCAGAAUACUCCCAUCGUCAUCUUUUUGAUAUUCUUUAUUCCUGUUGGUAUUGUCGGGUUCUUGCUCAACUCUGUCGUACAGAACUUCCGCAGUUCGAAGAGAAUCCAACUGCACGAAAGUGGCAAGGCCGGCAUUCAAGUGGAGGGUUACAGAAUGCCUUUCAUGAUCAAGGAAAUCCGCGGCGCCGUUGAGGAUGUUUACGAAAACGUCAACAGCUCGCAACACCAAGAAUAUCUCGCCUCCUCCGAUUCCGAAGGCGAAGAGGCUGCGUUAAACGAGCGGGACCGAAAAACACUCAAACUCGAACGCAGGCAGUCGCACCCGCAAUGGCCGACGUUGGCAUUGACUCCGGCGCAGUUCGACAUGGUGCGGGCUCUUGAUAAUUUGGGCUGGCGCAAGUUCCCUGUAUGGAUUCACAAACAUCGACACAGCCAUGCGGCGAUUAUCAUCAGACGCGAAGGGCCCGCAUUCUCAGAAGGAUGGGUUGUCAUGAAGCACUGGCUCAGAGAAGAGUUCUUGAUAUAACAUGGCACUUGACAUCUUGGGAAAGUGCUCUGGCGUAAGGUAGUGCAGCGAUUGUUAGAUUUAAUAACUUGUUGAGCAGGUCGAUGGUCGAAAUCUAUUUGUGCAUCUUGGUUGCUGUAAGCACCGUACAUAGUGUGUGCAUUACAUCUCCAUCUGACGUCUUUCGCCAUCGACACGACAAAAAAGUCUUACGCGUAAUAAUUAAAUCCAUGUGUCAUUGAACAUAUGCGGCGUUUAGGGGCUUUCAUUUAAACAUGAUUGGCAUCCCACA